GUCCCGCAGCACCCUCUGGCCGACUCCGCGAAGGCUCGGGCUUGGGCGGACGGAGCACCGUGCGCAGGCGCGGAGUCAGACCUCGCCGUAGCCCCCAUCGCCUCGGGGAGUCUCCUCCACAGUGGGUCCGCUGGCCCACCGGGGCGCUUUCCCUCCGAUCCCCUCCCGGGCUCCCCGCGCGCCCCACGCGCCCCGAUGGCGGAGCUGCGGCCUAGCGUCGCCCCCGGCCCCGCCGCGCCCCCGGCCCCUGGCCCUAGUGCCCCUCCGGCCUUUGCCUCACUCUUUCCCCCCGGACUGCACGCCAUCUACGGAGAGUGCCGCCGCCUUUACCCUGACCAGCCGAACCCGCUCCAGGUCACCGCUAUCGUCAAGUACUGGUUGGGUGGUCCAGACCCGUUGGAUUAUGUUAGCAUGUACAGGAAUAUGGGGAGUCCUUCUGCCAACAUCCCUGAGCACUGGCACUACAUCAGCUUUGGCCUGAGCGACCUCUAUGGUGACAGCAGAGUCCAUGAGUUUACAGGAACAGAUGGACCGAGUGGUUUUGGCUUUGAAUUGACAUUUCGUCUGAAGAGAGAAACUGGAGAGUCUGCCCCACCAACAUGGCCUGCGGAGCUGAUGCAGGGCCUGGCUCGAUACGUCUUUCAGUCAGAGAACACCUUCUGUAGUGGGGACCACGUGUCUUGGCACAGCCCUUUGGAUAACAGUGAGUCAAGAAUCCAGCACAUGCUGCUGACGGAGGACCCACAGAUGCAGCCUGUGCAGACCCCGUUUGGGGUGGUUACCUUCCUCCAGAUUGUCGGUGUCUGCACUGAGGAAUUGCACUCGGCCCAGCAGUGGAAUGGGCAGGGCAUCCUGGAACUGCUGAGAACAGUGCCUGUUGCUGGUGGUCCCUGGCUGAUAACUGACAUGCGGAGGGGAGAAACCAUAUUUGAGAUCGAUCCACACCUGCAACAGGAGAGAGUUGACAAAGGCAUCGAGACAGACGGUUCUAACCUGAGUGGGGUCAGUGCCAAGUGUGCCUGGGACGACCUAAGCCGACCUCCCGAGGACGAUGAGGAUAGCCGGAGCAUCUGCAUUGGCACACAGCCCCGGAGGCUCUCUGGCAAAGACACAGAGCAGAUCCGGGAGACCCUGAGGCGAGGACUCGAGAUCAACAGCAAACCUGUCCUUCCACCAAUCAACACUCAGCGACAGAAUGGCCUCACCCACGACCGGCCGCCGAGCCGCAAAGACAGCUUGGAAAGUGACAGCUCCACAGCCAUUGUCCCCCACGAGCUGAUCCGCACUCGGCAGCUUGAGAGUGUGCAUCUGAAAUUUAACCAGGAGUCAGGGGCCCUCAUUCCUCUCUGCCUAAGGGGCAGACUCCUGCAUGGCCGGCACUUCACCUACAAGAGUAUCACAGGUGACAUGGCCAUCACGUUUGUGUCCACGGGAGUAGAAGGCGCCUUUGCCACUGAGGAGCACCCUUACGCAGCUCAUGGACCCUGGUUACAGAUUCUGUUGACGGAAGAGUUUGUAGAGAAAAUGUUGGAAGACUUGGAAGAUCUGACUUCUCCAGAGGAAUUCAAGCUUCCCAAAGAGUACAGCUGGCCUGAGAAGAAGCUCAGAGUCUCCAUCCUCCCCGACGCCGCCUUCGACAGUCCGCUGCACUAGCCUGGGCCAGGCCCUGCAGGGGCCAGAGGGGCUCAGCGGCCCCGUGACUUCAGUGUGACAGACAGCUGGGUCAAAGACAAGAGUGAGGAUGACUGCAGAGUGCUGCACCCGCCACAGGCCCCACCUCACCUCCAGCUCGGGGGCCUCACUCUAGCUGCCAAGCCCACGUGACUGACGGUGCCUCUGUCCUGCAUGCCAGGGAGCGAGUGAUGCUGCACCUGCAAACCUCCCCAGCCACCUGCUGCUGCCACAGGUUUAGCUGAUGUGCUCCGAGGAAGACACAGCCUCGCCACACAGCCAGGUGUGCCGAGCACACGCGGUGGAUGCACUGCCCAGUUCAACCCCAGCGAGCCUUUGCGCGUCAGGCUGCUCCAGCCUGUGGAACGUUUGCUCCUGUCACGAUUGUUUUUCCUUCCUUAGUUUGUCGUGGAAACCGGAUGGUCCUUCUGUCGCUCAGCAAAGAUGGUCCAGAAGCCAUGUCUUUAGUGGUUUUUAAACAGGACUUUAUUUAGAUGAACUCUGUCAUUCUCUUAGACAGGGGUCUGGGGGCUCGGCCUCCCCCACACCCUCUGCCCAAGAAAGUGCCUGGUGCUGCCUGUCAGCUCUGAGCCCUCCCUGGAGGAGCCUGGGACAGGGAACAGCCUUGGGUCCAGAUGUGCUGUGGCUCUGAGGACAUGGGGGACUCAGGGACAUGGUGGUACCAGAUACGUCUUCCAGCCCUUUUCUACCCAACCAGGCCUGCCAAGGAGAGGGUAAAGCCCACUGCCCCCUCAUCCUGCUCCUCAGGGCCUCCAGCUCUUUGAUUUCCUCUGUUCCCUGGAUUCACAGCCCCCCCCGGGCUGUAAGGACUCUUAUUAAAAACUGAGAAGUCAACCUCUCAUCACCCCUGCUGACACUGUUCUCUGUGGCCCAUCCUUCCCAC